AUGUUUGCUCCGGCAUCUGCAUCGACGCCUACAUCGGUAAAAAAUAGGCGUCCAUCAAAUUCUGAUCCAAUUGUAAAUUCAUUAAUGCAAGAGUUGCACUCAAUGAAAUUAAUCAAUGGAAUUGAUACAUGUGAAAGUAAAAGCGGAGACUCAGGAUUCUUAUCAUCUGGAGAUUCUAGCGUAAAUGGAGAUGCUUAUAGUAAUAAUGCAAGCGUAGUUUUGCGAGCCAAUAACCCAUCACAUAGCUCUGGAAAUGCCUGGGAUCAAAAGACAAUUUGGGAUCUAGCCAAUUCAUUUAACAAUAGUGCUAUCUCUAAUGAUAAUAAUUUUGGCAUAAAUAGUACCAAAGAUUCUAUUUGGUCUAUGCAAUCAUCACCAGUAACAUCUAACAAUGUGUGGGAAAAUACUUUGAAUAAACAAUCAAUUAAUACUAACAUUUCUAUGAAUACUGCUAACAAAAAUCUAGACGCUGAAUGGCUUGGUUCUAUAUGGAUGAUACCACAAACUACACAAAGAAAUACAACUAAUAGCAAUAAUGAAACAUUAAAUAAUUACAGUAGUAAAUUGAAUGCUAUUUGGGAUACUUCAGAAUCUAACAAACAAUUAAAAGCUGACGUAGAAAAAAAACAAGCAGUGUCUGUAAAUGAGUUUCAACUGUUACGGCCGCAUGAUAUCGGAAGAAAUAUGUGGAACAAUAGCACUGCCGCAUCAGUAAUGAAUAAUAUUUCAAAAGAAGAAUCAAUGAGUUCAAUCUGGGCUGCUCCUUCUACCACUACUACUUUUGCUAAAGAAUAUACCACAGUUAUGCAACAAAACUUAUUGUCAACGAAUACUCCGAAAUAUUAUCCUGUGGUUUCAAAAGCGAUACAGCAUCAGCAAAACCAUAUCAACCAUACAGAUAAUAAUAAAAUUAACGCAAGCAAUCAUCAAUCAGCGGCCACAAUUAUUUAA